AUGGCCGCUCCAACAGAACAGCGAAUAGCUGUUCCUAUUGACGACCCAAAUGCGGAUACUGAAUGGAACGAUAUACUCCGUAAACACGGCGUCAUACCCGAAAAGCCCCCCUCUCCUACACCUAUGAUAGAAGAAGCUAUACAUGAGGCCCGCCGAAUAGCGCAUGAGAACAGGCUGGAGGGGAAAGAGCUCGAUGAGCUUGACGCGCUAGAAGACGAAGAAGACGAUGCUUUUCUAGAACAGUACCGACAGAAGCGAAUUCAAGAGUUAAAUAGUUUGACUAAGAAGUCAAUACACGGCACAGUCUAUCCGCUGUCAAAACCGGAGUAUUCGCGUGAGGUAACAGAAGCCUCACACAAGGGGCUCGUUUUUGUCAAUCUCACAUCCUCACUUGGUACCAACAUCGAAUCGAGGGUUUUAUCAGAGCUUUGGGCGCAGGCAGCAAAAGAAUAUGGUGAUGUUAAGUUCUGCGAAAUACGAGCGGACAAGGCAAUCGAAAAUUAUCCAGAUCGCAAUUGCCCAACCAUUCUUGUGUAUAAGAAUGGUGAUAUUGCGAAACAAAUAGUCACUCUUGUCACUAUGGGUGGUGUGCGAAUAAGCAUGUUAGAUAUCGACAACUUGCUAGUCGAGGUGGGCGCGGUGGAUGAGAAAGACAUGAGAGUAGUAAAAAGGAAGAGAGAUGCAGAGGAUGCGAAGGAAGAGCAACUAAUGGGGAAAGGGAUCAAGAGUGGCAAUCUCAAACAUGCAGCCGCUAACGACGACGAUGAUGAUGAUUGGGAUUGA